AACUACGUUGCUAUCAUUUUCAUCUGCCAUAGUGAUCUUUUCCUUCAAACAUAAGGAUUCCUUGAGAGUGGAUAUCCUCACAGACCCUAAAAAGCUACUUUGGUUAUGAUUGACUGAAAGAACCCAUGAAUGCAAAUAGUCUUAUUCUGUGUUUGGAUGCUUUUAACUCGUUUCUAAGGUCGGUUUUGGAUAUCUUAAUAUGGUUGGCUAUCUCAUCCUGCCUAAAGCAAAUUCCCUUGGCUCAAUAUUUCAAGGUCCAUACAGGAAAACAGGGACCCCCGUUCUUGAACCCACAUCCCCCUUCCUUCUCUUUAAGAUUUGAGAAUGACCCAACGAGCCUAAUCAAGUUAGCAAACAGUUCCUCCCACUUUCUUUCCUUCUCAGCACAGUCGGAGAAAAAGAGAUUCCUUUGAUGUCCCGCAAUCUUUUGCCUUCCAAAUAUUCCCUACAUCUUCUACAAAUAAAAGUCACCUACUGAUUCUUCUCUCAUACUCUCUCCACUAUCACCAUCUCAUUCAGAACAUAUCUCUUCCAGGUUUCUUCUUUCCCUCUGCUCACCUCAUGGUGCCGGAGUUAGAGAGACCUCGAGUCACAGAGAUACAAGUCCGGAUGGACUGCAAUGGGUGUGUGCAGAAGAUAAAGAAGGCACUGCAUGGAGUUGAUGGUAUCUAUGAUCUUCAUAUUGACGUUCCUCAGCAGAAGCUAACAGUAGUGGGGCGGGCAGAUCCAGAAAAAAUACUCAAAGCUAUAAGGAAAACGAGGAAGAUUGCAACCAUCUGCUCCCAUUCCGAACCAACAGAUCCUUCUGCUCAGCCACCAGAACAACCACCUGAAGGCACCCCACCAGCUCCUGAGACAGCAAACCAGCCUCCCCCAGCUGAAGAACAACAGGGUAAAGCGGCUCCUCAAGCUGAAUUACCACCCCAAGCAGAGCCACCCAGAGACCAACCACCGCCAGAGAAUCCACCAACAGAGGCCACACCAGCACCCGCUAGUGGUAACAUCAAUACCAGCCAGCCAGGACACACACCUAGACUAAAUAAUGUCGGAGAGGUCCAUGUAAUACACCACAAUCCACCCAACUACGGCUAUAUAUAUGACUAUGGUCACAGCUACAGUGGGCAUGGACACUGGAGCAGACACCCAAAUGUUCAGAGUUUUCCACCUCAGCCCCCACAACCUAUCUAUGUGAGACAACCUGAGCCACCUAGUGGCCAGAGUUUUUCACAUGAGCAACCCCAUCCUAUCUAUGGGAGACAACACGAGCAACCAAAUGCCCAGAAUUCUCCGCAUGACCCACCCCAGCCUAUCUAUAUGGGACAGAAUGAGCCACCCCAGCCUAUCUAUGUGACUCAUAGCUACAAUACAUACAGGCCAUCACCCUACAUCAUCGACCACCAGUAUAUCCAUUCACCACCGCCAUACCUACAUUACAGCUGGAUGGACUACUAUAAUGAAGAGAAUCACAGCAACGGCAACAACAAUGGAAAUAUUACAUCAAUUUUCAGCGAUGAAAAUCCAAAUGCAUGUAGAAUAAUGUAGAUAGUUUUGUAAAGAACGGUAUGCAAAGGGAGGUUUUUUCUUUUGCCUCCAAGACAGAAUUAAUUAUAAAUAAAUAACUUUAGAAAGU